AUGCUCUGCAUCCGCCGCAAGGAGAGUCGACCGACAUGCAAGUAUUUGUGCUGUUUUUUUGCUUGUCAGGAUCCAGUUGAGCGUGAAAGGCUUCCUUCGACGCGGCUGGCUGCAUGUAUUCAGAAAGAUGCCGAUUCCAGCUCAGCGGAUUCGAUGAAACUUGAGAAACGUCUCGGCGGAUUUGGUUGGAUCACAGGAGUAUUGAUGCGCUGUAUUCUUGGCAUUCUUGGUGCUACUCUGUUUCUUAGGAUGAGCUGGAUUGGCGGACAAGCCGGACUAUGUUUGUUUAUAGCAAAAAAUUUUGUUUUAACGAGAGCUCACGAAAAAAAUCACGUGUAA